AUCAAUGGCAGAUUGAAUCUGUAUCGUGUAAUUCGCAGGCCACCACCCUGCCUUUCCCCAAACGACAUGGACGCGCUUUUUCGACGGGCUUCUUCCGGCUACGUCUGUCGACGCUGCUCAUGGCAGGUCGGCAGGUCUCUCAGGCGUUCCUACGCCAGCACUGCCGGGCAGCCGGACAUCUACGAUGUAGUGUGCGUGGGAGGUGGCCCUGCAGGCCUGAGUCUGCUCACUGCUCUGCGCGCGAAUCCCGUCACAUCCGGCCUCCGAGUGGCCCUCGUCGAGGCGCAGGACCUCUCAAAAACCCGCCAGUGGAAGCUCCCGCCGGAUCGCUUCUCGAACCGGUGCAGCUCCUUGACACCGACGUCCGCCGACUUCUUCGAGGGCAUUGGGGCAUGGAGGCACUUCAAGCAGGAAAGAAUACAGCCGUACCACGAGAUGCAGGUAUGGGAUGGCGUCUCGGACGCGCGCAUCGAGUUCGACUGGGCCGGAGGCCAGGGGCAGACCAUCGCCUACAUGAUCGAGAACCUGAACAUAACGUCCGGUCUCCUCAGUCGUCUUGACGAGCUGGGUGGCGUGUCUGUGUACGACAAUGCCAGGGUGGAGGGCAUCGCGUUCGGCGAGGACAAGGACGGGCUGAACCUGUCCGAAUGGCCCGUCAUCCAGCUGGCCAACGGUCAGCGGCUCUGGGCGAGGCUGUUGGUUGGUGCCGAUGGUGCCAAUAGCCCUGUCCGAUCGUUCGCCGAUAUUCAAGCUCGGGGCUGGGACUACGGAAGACACGGCGUUGUUGCGACACUGCAGCUUGAGGGUGAGGGCUGGGGCGGCGAGGGCACCAAGAUCGCGUACCAACGGUUCCUCCCUACAGGGCCUGUGGCCAUGCUGCCAAUGCCUGGGAACUACUCGACACUCGUAUGGUCGACGACUCCGGACCGAGCUUCAAGGCUCAAGAGCAUGUCCGCGGCGGACUUUGUUGCCACGGUCAACGCCGCCUUCCGCCUGAGCCCUGUCGACCUGGACUACCUGCACAGCCAAGCUUCUGGGCAGGCGGAAGAGGUCUCGUGGCGCUUGCAGCACACUUCUGUCCAGCCAAAGUCCAUCCCUCAGCCCGUAGUCGAUGUUCAAGAAGGAACAGUGGCAUCGUUCCCUCUCAAGCUGCGUCACGCAGACACUUACAUCGGCGAGCGGGUCGCACUUGUCGGAGACGCAGCCCACACCAUCCACCCACUGGCUGGUCAGGGCCUCAACCAGGGACAAGGGGAUAUCCAGAGCCUGGCCAGGACCAUCGAGUACGCCGUCAGCCACGGGCAAGACAUAGGGACCCAGAUGUCCCUGGAAACGUACAAUGCCGAAAGGUACGCCGCCAACCAUGUAGUAUUAGGUGUCUGCGACAAGCUUCACAAGCUGUAUUCUGUCGGGAGCGGACCUCUUGUUCCUCUCCGUUCCUGGGGUCUAAGCGCUGUCAACGCUAUGAGACCUCUGAAGGACUUCUUCAUGAACCAGGCUGCUGGUCACGGUUUGAAGCUCUAACGGCGAUCCUGCCCUGCCUUUUGAGGCAUCUUACUUCCGAGGCAGAAGUCAAUUACAAAACUAUUACUACUACGCAUCAUGACACGCAUCAUGACAGUCUCAAUCUCUAUAAUAUGGUGGUAUGUGCUACAUGUGCGGACGGACCGCAAGUUUCCGACAUAAUUCCACACGGCACACCAUUUUCAUAUCGAUAUCCAAACUUUCAAAGUGGUCAUAUGUUGCACGUCACAACAAUAUUAGUAGGUGCCUUGACACACACACAACAACUGAGAAGUAGAAGACACGGACGUACCAUUUCGCUGCACCCUACACGCCCCGAAAUUUAAAACUAACAUUAUCUGAACUCACUUA